AUGGCGCCACCGGGCGGUAGAUCAUCGGUCCUUGCCGACUUUUUAGGGACACCUUCCAAGCGGCACGAAAGACUCAGUGGCGGUAAUGGAAACGCUUCCAGGAAAGUCCAUCGUCGUGAAAAUUCGAUCUCUUCACAAAGCACUGUGAGGCAGGAAGCGGCUGGCCUUGGAGAAGAUGCGUCAACCGACGGCGAACUCAGCGGCGACGAUGAAGACAGUAGUGACGAACCGGACGAAGAAGAGGAAGGGUCGGAAGAGCCAGAACGAAGCGCCCCGUCCGGCGGAUCCGGUCUUGGUAAAGGGAAACGUCCAGCGAUCCGGGCUGGCCAUCGACAUGAAGGCGACCAAGAGUCAAACAAUCCUGUUAUCCGCAGGGCGGGGCUACAGCACGGCAACACUGCCGCUUCGCCACAUCUCCACUGGACGAAAAAGAGGACAUACAGCAACGUCAGCACGAACUCAGUCUUGACGGUGGGGAAUGAUGAAGAAGAGAUGAAGCGAUCGCCGUCCGUUUAUCCUCGCAAGAAGAUUGUUCGGAAAUCCAGCAACAACGCAGCAGGACCUCUGGCUUUCGAAAGACCACACCGAGGCGCCGCUAAUCAAUCCGGCGACGAUAAUGUAAUAGAAACCUCGGAUGAUGAGGUGUAUAAGGGCGUAGAUCAGAUCAGUGACUCCGAGGAAGACGAUCCAGGUGUCGAGAAAUUUGAGGAGAAAAUCAUCAUUGAAUCUGAAGCAGAUAUAUUCACUCCAAGCUUCUACUCCGGGAUCACAGACAAUGAUGUGGACUUUGCUCCGUUUGGUGAAGAGUCGUUCCUAGAUGGUUUUGGUCUCGGUGACACUGCCAUGGGUUUCAAUGAUGCCCACCUGUUAUCUAACAACGAUGCUUACCUUGACAUCACUUCUCUUGACAAAGCGCAGUCGGAGGGCUCUCCGAGGCGAGUUAGGUUUGACGAUAACGUCAGGUACUCAGAUGAGACAAGUUGUACGUGCUCAGGGGACGACACCGACGACUUCCCCGAUCUCUUGCUUGACCAGGCAAGUCUUGCGCCUGGGUUUCGCUCAAUGAUUGAGAACGAUGGCGACACGGACUUCGGAGGGGCUGCUGCCAGCGAUGGAGAAAACUCCUACUGGGAUUUUACGGAAGAGCGCGACUACGAAGGAGUUGGAUCCGCAUCGCCAGACUCUGACACAGAGUCUAGCGGUUACGAAACCGAUGACGGCGAUACAACUGAUGAAGAGCUCCCACCAACAGCCACCGUGCGCCAUCCAAGUGCCCUGCUUCGUCGUCGGCCGUCGUCUAGUGCUACGGACAAGACUGCCACCCUGAAGCCCUUCCCCAGAAAGAAUGGCCCAACUACGGCUUCGCGGCAAAAGGGUCCUGUCAUGGGAUCGUGGGCUGUGGAUCCGACUAAAGCUAUCUGUGUCCUUGACCCAGUAGCGAACCGUCUGGUGGUCAUUCCUUCCAGGACUGCCACCAACAAUAUGCUCUCGCUCAACGGCAGCAGCGCCAGCAGUGUUGCUGAUUGUUCCCCUCGUCCCUCGUCCCAACCGUAUCCUGGCGAGGACAGCGACUUCACCGAAAGGUCGCUACAGAGCCCCGUCGGUCUUAACGUUGUGCUUGGUGGUGUGUUCGGGAUGGAUCCAAGAGACGGCCUCUUCGACUCUUUCAUUCCUCAGCAGACGUUUCCACCUCCAAACUCUACCUACCCUUGGACGAGAGUCAACCCAGAUGGUACCUUUCUCCCAGUCACCUUUCAAGACGAGGAAGAGGACGAGGAUGACGACGAGGAUGAGGGAGAAGCUAACCUAAACCUCUACGAUCUGCUCGAAUUUGGCGACGAUACCGAUGAAGAUAUGGCUGAUGACGACGUGCUUGCAUCCCCAAUGACUUCAAUCCUCGCUCAUCCCGCUGUCACCCCAGCUAAACCCGCUGAGAAUCUCAACCAGCGCAAUGCGUCACAUACCCUCCUCGAACACUUCGAUCGCGUUCCGGUCGGCGCAUUCCGGAGCAACCAGCACAAGUACCGCGAUAUCUCCCGUCUCCCACCACAUCCAGCAAUGCGCGCGUCCAUCAACCAACCUCUUCGGAAGGGCAAGUCGGCAAAGAGCACGAUUACGCCGAUACGGAAAAGAAAGACAUCCAAUGCUGCUGGUACGCAGGCUAGCCCGCUUGCUCAGAAGGCGUUGGCGAAACCUCAUGGCUCCGGUCAUCGACGUACCCAGAGCUCGGCGUGA